AUGUCUGUUUUCUCCAACUCAUUCUUCCAAAACGACCCAUUCUGGAACUUCUUUGAGAACGUAAACGAUGAGGUCAGGUCAGUGAACAGUCUUUUGAACAGACGGAACAGAGGACAAGCCGAACAACAAAAGACUGUUGGUUCAGUUGGAACGCCAGCUGAGUCGAGUGAGGCCAAUUCUCAACAAGUGGCUCCUACUUCGGGUAAGUCAGUGGCUAGACCAGUGGCUCCAUUCAGGACCCUGUUUGAAGACCCAUGGUUUGGCAACAAUUCUUUAUUCGGCAUUGAGCCAGCCUCGCUGACUCCUCCAGUGGAUGUUGUCGAUAACGAAAAGGAUUAUGAGCUCCAUGUGUCAGUUGCUGGCGCCAAAAAGGAGGGUAUAACCAUUGAUUUCAACAAAGAGGAUAACCAACUCAUCAUCAAAGGUGAGAUCCCAUCACCUGUCAAAGAAACUGAAGGUAAAAAGGGCGAGGUCAGAUAUUCCGAAAGGACCACCGGGAAAUUCGAAAGACGUGUGACUUUGCCUUCAAAGCUAGAUGGUGAAAAUAUCAAGGCUAAGAUCGAAGAUGGAGUACUGGUUUUGAACAUUCCAAAGUUGGCUGAACAGCCUGAGAGUGCAAAGUAUCAGCGCAUUGCUAUCGAGUCUAGCGAAAGUGUUUCUUCUUGA